AUGUUUGCCAAACUUUCUCUCUUUCAACUAGCCUUGCUGAUGCUGGGUGGCUCUGCCUGGGGCCAACAGGUCAAUGGAGAAGACUACGACAGCCCUGACGGAGGUCCCCCAGCGGACUACUUCGCUGCUGAUGCGAGCCUGCCGGUUGAUAAAAUCCUAUCAGCCGUCUCGAAGCUGAGCCAGGUCGCCGACUCGUACCCGAUAAGCACCGAGUCUGAUGAAGAAUCCCAAAUCUUCAGUGAUUGGGCCUCCUUCGACGACGGUGCUGCGAUUGUCUUCACCGCCGACAUGGAUGUCGAUUGUGACGGCCUGGAUCAUGACUGUGAUGGAAAUCCAGAUGGUCAGCCUCAAACAAACUGGGGAAGCCUCGCUGCCUACGAGGUCCCAUUUAUCGUCAUUCCGGAUGAGUAUCUCACACAGAAUGAAGAGACCCUGUCUGGCAACAAUAUCGCCGCUGUUAUCUGCGAUGGCAAAAUGUUCUAUGGCAUCCUCGGCGAUUCCAACGGUGAUGAGCCCCAGGUCACCGGCGAGGCUUCAUGGUUGAUGGCCCGCACCUGCUUCCCCAACGACAGCCUGGCUGGGGACAAGGGUCAUACAGAGUCGGAUGUUACUUACAUCCUCUUCCUGGGCGACAAGUCUGUGCUGCCAGGGGACGUUCUCAACGAGAACUACAUCUCGGACUUUGGGAAACUCAAGUCGAUGGGCAACGAUCUCAUGAAUUCUCUUCUUUCUAAUAUUGGGAUCAACGGCGAUGACCUGGCUGAAACUACAAGCACUUCCACUACUACUACCACUCCUGCGCCGACUGGCGACAACUGCUCGUGGCCCGCACACUGCGAAGGCGCGUCGUGCUCCUCUGACGAUGAUUGUGCAGACGACUUAGCUUGUAACGACGGCAGCUGCUCCUCGUGA